AGCAGACGAUCGCAUUUUGCAGGCUAAGGCAGGAUUUGUUUCAUUCCGCGAAAAUGCGACACACAUACCUGCCACUGAAACAGCGACAGCCCAAAAGAGCCGCGGGCGCUACAAUGCUAAUGUUGUCGGGGGCUUUGACUUCUCCCAGCCACUGCAAAGAAGCCGCUCCGUGUGACAGCAACGGCUUUCGCUCUCACCCCCGGUGCUCGCUAUUUUUUUCACGCCUCUUCAUUUUUGGCAGGUGUGUUGGAGAGGGUGAAAAAAAAAGCCUCACCGCUUUCUCCUAUCUCUUUGACCCUAAACGUCUGAGCCGUAAUGGACGAAACGGAUAUCAUGGACUUAACGCAUCAGAAGGCGAGAAAGCGUCCCCGUCCAAUCAGUUCCGUGGAUGAGUCCGUGCACGCUUCCCUCAAACGGCUCCCGAUCCGAGCGGCGGAGUGCAGGGAGAGCUCGCUGAUGUUCGCUGUCAGAGGAGAGCCCGUUCCCGCAGCAUCUCUGAAGCAAAAUGACCAUUCGGUGACUUCGUCUCCAACCACAGUGAUGCCGGCGCAGGAUAAUCGCUCCAGCAUGUCCAGGCCCAUGAUCACACGGUCACCGGUGUCUCCCUUGAGUAACCAGGGCAUCCCAACACCUGCUCAGCUCACCAAGUCCAAUGCUCCUGUGCACAUCGAUGUAGGUGGGCACAUGUACACCAGCAGUCUGGCCACCUUAACAAAAUUUCCAGAAUCUCGAAUUGGUCGUCUCUUUGAUGGCACAGAGCCUAUAGUCCUGGACAGCCUGAAGCAGCACUACUUCAUUGACAGGGAUGGACACAUGUUCCGCUAUAUCCUCAACUUCCUCAGGACGUCCAAGCUCCUCAUCCCCGACGACUUCAAAGACUACAGCUUGCUGUAUGAGGAAGCACGAUAUUUCCAGCUGCAGCCCAUGCUUGCUGAGCUGGAGCGCUGGCGCCAGGACCAGGAGCUAGGUCGGGUGUCCCGUCCCUGCGAGUGCUUGGUGGUGCGUGUUGCACCCGACCUGGGUGAGAGGAUCACACUCAGCGGUGACAAGGCCCUGAUCGAAGAUGUGUUUCCAGAAAUCGGAGACGUUAUGUGCAACUCCGUCAAUGCUGGCUGGAACCACGACUCCACACACGUCAUCCGGUUCCCACUGAAUGGGUACUGUCACCUCAACUCUGUCCAGGUUCUAGAGCGUCUCCAGCAACGUGGCUUCGAGAUCGCUGGCUCCUGCGGCGGAGGCGUGGACUCAUCCCAGUUCAGCGAGUACGUCCUGAGGAGGGAACUGAGGAGGACAAGUCAGCGAGGGCCCAAUUCAAACAGGAUAAAGCAGGAGCAGCUAGACUAGAAGCCUCCCAAGCAGCAGGAGGUGCUAGACUUUUCUGUGGCAGCCAAACGCUUGACGCUGCAGAGCUCUGUGGACUCUGUUUUUCUUUGUUCCCUUGUUGAUGUUUUUUGUUUUCUUAAA